GAGACUAGGCUGACGUUUGAUUUGACUUUGGGUUGGUGUCUCACUUUGUCUCCCAGGCUGGAGUGCAGUGGCACGCUCACGGCCACCGCAGCCUCCCCCUGCUGGGCUCAGGAGAUCCUUCUGCCUCAGCCUUCCAAGUAGCUGGAACCACAGCUUGCUGAAAAGCCGGGUGUCAAGAUGACCGAGCGCUUUGACUGCCACCACUGCAAUGAAUCUCUCUUUGGCAAGAAGUACAUCCUGAGGGAGGACAGCCCCUACUGCGUGGCAUGCUUCGAGGCCCUCUAUGCCAACACCUGUGAGGAGUGUGCCAAGCCCAUCGGCUGCGACUGCAAGGAUUUGUCCUACAAGGACCGGCACUGGCACGAGGCCUGUUUCCACUGCUCGCAGUGCAGGAGCUCGCUGGUGGACAAGCCUUUCGCUGCCAAGGAGGAACAGCUGCUGUGCACAGACUGCUAUUCCAACGAGUAUUCGUCCAAGUGCCAGGAAUGUAAGAAGACCAUCAUGCCAGGCACUCGCAAGAUGGAGUACAAGGGCAGCAGCUGGCACGAGACCUGCUUCAUCUGCCACCGCUGCCAGCAGCCCAUCGGCACCAAGAGCUUCAUCCCGAAAGACAGCCAGAAUUUCUGUGUGCCCUGCUACGAGAAGCAGCACGCCCUCCAGUGUGUGCAGUGCAAGAAGCCCAUCACCACGGGAGGCGUCACGUACCGGGAGCAGCCCUGGCACAAGGAGUGCUUCGUGUGCACCGCCUGCAGGAAGCAGCUGUCCGGGCAGCGCUUCACGGCCCGCGACGACUUUGCCUACUGCCUGGACUGCUUCUGCGACCUGUAUGCCAAGAAGUGUGCUGGCUGCACCCACCCCAUCAGCGGACUUGGUGGCACAAAGUACAUCUCCUUUGAGGAGCGGCAGUGGCACAACAACUGCUUCAACUGUAAGAAGUGCUCGCUGUCGCUGGUGGGGCGAGGCUUCCUCACGGAGAGGGACGACAUCCUGUGCCCCGACUGUGGGAAGGACAUCUGAAGUCCGCACACAGAAGCUCGGCUUGCGUCUCACGCGCAGAUGUAGGUGUUUUCUUUCUCAGCCGGGCAGUACUGUGUUCUGGUUUCCACCAGCCACGUCGGGACUGUCCUCUGGUACCUCUCAGUGAUACUCACGUUUGCUUAAGCUCUUUCAUCCUGUGUACUAGUCAGUCCCAGGGAAGGAGAAAACCCUGUGUAAACCCUGGCGGAAAGAUGGUCUGGAAUUUCUGUCACCAAGUAAGGCGCGUCCAAGUGUCAAAUCCUUUUGAAUGAUAUUCUUUAUCAAUGUAUCUUUCUCUCACUGCAUAUUUAAUGUUUAAGUGCAAUUAACACUGUCACGAACUUGAGAGUUUUCCAAACUAUAUAUGCUAAUGAAGAGUUGGUAUUUACAGCUGUAACUUUGUCAUGUCAAGCCUAAAGCAGAAGUAUGUGGCUCACAAUAAAGUUAUUCACAACACAGUC